UCUUACAUUCAUCGUGGUUUUCACUGUAAUCAUUGGCUUUCAAUAUUUUGAAUUCAAUAUUGCAAUUAAACUCGUAUAUAGGGCACAACAAGCUUGGGAAACAGUUGUACCACGUAAGAAAAUACAGCGAUCAAAAAGUGAUUCUGGCCACGAUUGGUUAAGGAUGCAAAAGGCUAGAAUAGACUGGCAGGCUAUGUUAAAACCGUGCUCGGAUCAGUUGGCUUGGGGAACCUUAAAAUCUGGCUGGGGUAGGGUCAACAAAACUUCUGCAAGCAGAAGUUACGUGACUUACAUGAAUAUUCGAAAUUCUGGGCAGUUUUCUAGUAUAUUUAUUCAAACGCGUACAGCUAGUGGGCAGGAUAAGGCUAUCGGUGGCGAUUAUUGGCGAGUGUUCUUCACAGGACCAGCAAAUGUUGCAGCUUCUGUAUUUGACUAUGAAAAUGGUACGUACGAAACCACCGCGCUGCUUUUGGAUCCUGGAAACUAUACCGUUCGUGCAUAUCUUGAUUAUAGUUUGUGUGAUGGCCUGAGAGAUCCUCCGGAAAACUGGUUCCGAAUUGGGAAUAAACAAGGAAAACGACAGCCUGAAGGAAUACUUGGUUUUCUUAAUGACUUUAUUUAUGAACCCUUGUCAGGAGGUGAAAUCAUAACCUUCGAAGUCUCAUCAAAUGAAACGAGAGGAGUAAAAAACGGAUUACCCAGCCUAACUUGCGCGCAAUCUUGCCGUUCUCUUUGGAAUGGCUUUGGACGGUGGAAAAACAAUGCUUGGUUGCCAUAUCUUCCUGUAAGCCAUCUUCCUACACUAGAGAAGUCACCGCCUCCAAGGGGAACACUGUGGAUCUUCGGGGACUCAUUAGGAGCGAAUAUUCGAGCAAUGCAGGCACAGUUAUAA